AGUUGAUGAUAAUGAUGAUGUGGAUGAAAUUGUUGAAAUUAUUGAUAGUAUCGAUGAAGUCGUUGAUGAAACUGAACCAGAAUAUCAUAAAAAUCAACAUUCAGAUGAUGAUGAUGAAAGCAUAGCUUCAUUGAAAGCAGUCGUAUUAAUGAGAAAUUCCACAAAUAACAAUGAAGAACAAACAUUGGAAACGAAAUCAACAAUAGCUAAAAUCGAAACACCGGCAACAUCUAUGAAAAAAGAUCUGGACGAAGACGGCGAUGAUGACGAUAUAAUCUUCAGUGAUUUGAUGGAAAAUUUGAUACAAAAAGAUGUAUUCAAUAAUAGUAAUGACCGUACAGGGAAUCAUGAACAACAACGAAAACGACCUCAAUCAGCUCGACAACCAUCAUCAUCAACAAUAACUAAAACAACAAUCACAGCAAAAACAUCGAUGAAUGAAAUUCUGUUGAAUCAGCAUCAGCCUGAAUUAUCAUCAAAUAAAUCCAACAUCAGCAACAAUCGAACAAUAAUGGCACGUACCAAUACAGCAACAUCGUUAGAAGCUGUAUUUGAAGAGGAUGAUGAAGAUGGACCAACAGAUGAACCACAAAAUGACGAAUCUUUUUCCAACAACAACAACGACGAUAACACGGAUAACAGCAGAAUCAAGAAUUCUGAUCAAAUGAGUCAAAUGGGAUUCAUCAUCCAGCCAACGAAGCCAACAGCAACAACCAAAUCGGAAAAAGGCGAAAAUAGUCAAAAAUACUUGAAUGAAAAACCGAAAGAUACCGAUAUUAAAGCAGCCACUAAGGCAAUAUUAUUAGAUGGCGUGGAACAACAACAGAAACAACGGCAACAAAUUAAUGAUGAACAUCAAUCAUUGAAUGGCAUGAAUGAAAUAACCAAUCUAAGCGACGAACGGUGGGAUCAAGAUGAUGGUGAAUAUUCCGUAGUCAAUGACGACGAAAAAGUUUUCGAAGAUGAUAAUUAUGAAGAAGAAGAAUUUGAAUCCGAAUCAAAUUCCAUCCAACAACGGCAAACAGAAUUGAAAAAUAAUAGCAUUCAAUAUAGUGAUAAUAGUAAUGAUAGGAUUCAUUUGGAUGUUGAUAAUGAAUUCCAGCAACAAUUUCAAACAAUCACUGAACAAAUGCAAAUGGAUAUUGCAAAUUUACGUGAAAAUUUACGAAAAGAAUUGAAUGAAAGUAAAGAAUUGUUGAGAAAACAAAUGGAUAAUGAAAUUCUUUCCAUGAAUAAACGAAUGGAUAUGAUUCACAUUGAACAUAACGAUGAGCAAGUAAAAUUAUCCCGUAAAAUUGAUGGGCUCAAUUUGUCAUUCGAUUCGAUUCGAAAACAGCAACAACAACAAACGAAUAUAGCUGAAGAAAUGGGUAACAAAAUAUUCACAAAAAAAGUAAAUUCAAUGAUGAAUGAAGUGAAUGAAAAUCUAUCCGAACAAUUGCAUAGAAUCAGUGCUAAUCUAGAUAAAACAAUUACGAAUGAAAUCGAAAAAGUUUCCGAACAGAUUGAAAAAAAAUUGUUGACCAAACAAGAACAAACGUUAAGGCAGGAGUUAUCACUUCGAAUAUCUGAAUCAUUGAAACAAUACGAAAAUCAAAUGAGUGAAACGAAUCAUAGAUUAUCAUGGGAUCGAAUACGAGAUGAAUUUCAUCCGUUCAUUGACCAAUGUCGAUUAAUGGCCAACCAAAAUCAGAAAAGUGUUGAAACUUUACGAUCAAUGAUUGAACAGGAUCGAAACUUUGCUAAAGAAAACUUUCAUCGAAUCGAUACGAAUAUUGCUCAUUUAUUGAAAAAAGAUAAAGAGAAUUCAAGUGUGACUGUUUCGAUGAAUCGAUCGUCGUCCGAUCACCAUCAGCAUCGACAACAAAUACAUGAUAUGAUCGAUGAGGAAAGAGAAUCAUUGAUGAAACGAUUGAAUGAAUUGGAUGAGAAAAUUGAAUCAUUUAUGCAACAGAUCGAUUCGAAAUUGAAUCAUUUCGAAAAAACUAUUCAUCAAUAUCAACAAUCAUCUAGAGAUUCGGAUAUUUCUCGGCAACAAUCGAUGAAUAAUAAUGAUAAUAAAGUGCUGAGUGAUUCAAAGAAUUCCAAUGUAGAAAAACUUUCAACCGUGAUUAUGUCUGAAGAAAAUUACCGUAAUGAUAAUGAUCAUCAUAAUCAUUCAGGAAUUUUUCCAACAACUUUGUGCAAAGAAAAUUCGAAUUCAAAAAUAAUAAAAGUCUAUCAAAAUAAUGAUGAAACAACUUUGAUCAAUUACAACAACAAUCAUCAUCAUAAUGCUACUGAUGGUUCAAAACAAAUUCCAACAACCCGAACAGAUAAUGAUAAUAAUUGUGAUGACGACUAUGGAACAUUACCAUUGACGAAAAUUGUGAAUAAAACUGCUAAUGAAAAACAUUUACAGCUUUUAGAACAGUGUAGCAAUUUGAAAGAUUUUUUGCAAAAAUUUUAUGUGAUGAAAGUUGAUGAAAAUUGUAUCGAAAAGAAAAAAUCUGCCAAAUCCAAUAUAGUUCAGCCAAUAAAAAUAAGGACAAAAGACUACGGCGGUGUUCGACGUAAUAAACGACGUGAUCAGCGAUCAAAAUUUGUUCAUCGAAAUAUUAGGCGAAAAUCUUCAGAUGAUGGCAGCGAAUCACUGAGUAGAUCGACGACUAUCGAAUCGAAACCUAGAUAUCAAUCAGUGUCGACGCCAAAUUUAAACUCAUCAUUACAGUUAUCGUCAUCAUCAAUAUCAUCAAAAGGUCACGAUAAUCAUCCACAUCGAACUGAAAGUCGAAAUCAUAAUCAUCAUCAUCAUCGACAUGGAUAUAGCCAUGGUAAACAUUUUAUAGAUACAUCCAUACGUCCAAAUGAAACGAUGAUGAAUCAUCGAUCAUCGAUCAUAUUCAAAUUCACCUAUAAAAUUCAAUUCAAAAUAUAUCAAUAAUAAUAAUAAUAAACAAGCUCAACAUCGUGUUCGUAUUGCAACAAAUUCAUUGAUAUCGAUGAUCAAACAGACUACUAAUCAAUUAAAGCAAGAAUUGAAUAAUUUGGAUAUGCUUGGUGGUCGGUAUGAUGAUGGUGAUGAUCAUUUGCAUGCCAUGAUACGA